AUGGCAGGAGCUAAAUUAAGAGUAAAGCAAUUAGUGGAAGCUGCUAUUAGCCGUAAUUUGGAUGAAUCGGCUGUGAAGAUUGUUUACGAAAAUGAUAACCUAAAAAAUGAUCGUCAAGAUAAAUGCAACACGGAGUUAGUGUCUCAGCAAGAGUGUGAAUGCAUUGAGCAUGAACAAGACCUUGAACCCUCGAUUUUUCAACUUUCUGUCAAUCAUGAUUAUAUAAGUUCCAGAAAUAAUGAACCACAUACAUCCAGGGGAAUACAUCCAGUCACAGAUCCAGAUAUAAUAGAAGAUUCACAAUUUGAGCAAAUUAAUACAUACAAACUUCCUUUGCGAAAUAAAAAAAUCAACACUUUUCCUGAGAAUGCAACUUUUUCUGAAGAAAAUUAUGAAGAUUUUUCUUUGGGAAGUGAUGAUGUCUUCAUACCGGAAAGUUCACCAAACUCUUCCACUUCUCAAAGCUCUAGUGAGAUCGAUGUCAGAGUUUCUGCAAAAGACCUCGUAGUUGCUCAUCCACCUACCAGUAGAAUUCAGGAAAAUCUGUUACAUCACAAGAAAAUGCUGAGAGUGCUAAUGAACAUGACUUUGACAUUGCUCCAUCUACCAGUGAGAACCAGGAAAAUGGAUAAUCUCAAGAACGUGAUAUACCUAGAAAACGAAAAAUAUUUCCGCCUAGGGACAACAAAUCAAAAAACCGAUCUAGAAAUGAAAGGACUUGGAAGAAAAAAGCUGCAGCCCUUGCAAGAGAGAAAGGAGAAGAGUAUAUAUAGCAUAAAAAUAAAGUCAUUCCAAAAAAAUCUAUACAAGAAGGAAUUUUGUGUCACGAAAACUGUAGGCUUCAAAUUUAAUUUAUCUUUUGGUUACCCAAAGAGUGAUACUUGUGCAACUUGCGAUGCUGGGGACUCAAAUGAAGAACAUAAAGCCAACUACUAUGCAGCUGUAGAAGCAAUGCAAGUCGAUCGAAAAAACCUACAUCAGGUGAGGAUGUCCUCUACAUUACAAUAG